AUGAGGACUCCAUUUGACCAGCAAGACAAAACAAAAUGGUGUGAGCUCCACAUUGACCACGGUCAUCAAACAGAUGAGUGCAUUGCCUUAAGAAUCGAAGUAUCCAACCUAUUAAGAGGUGGUCACCUGAAUGACUUGCUCACAAACAAAGGCAAGCGAACAUUCCAGCAGGAGGAAGACAUGUCAGUCGUCCAAAGAGAAGUAACCCCGUCGAAGCUACCUACUCAUGAACGGACAGUGAACGUAAUAACUGGUGGUCUGAGGCAGACCAACUGGAUCAAAGGAGAGUCCUGUGGGAUAGAGAAUAAUACCAUCAACCUACCAGCUCAAACCAUCAGUUCCUCAACAACAGAGUCAACCAGACUCCUCAACCUGCAUCACGAUUCUCUUGUUAUUGCACUUUACAUUGCUAACUGUCUUACUAAACGUAUACUUAUUGAUAAUGGCCGUUUAGCUAAAAUUUUGUAUUUAAGUGCUCUCAGGGAAAUGGGGAUAGAUGAAUCAAAGAUCAUAAAGCAGACUACAAUCCUUAUCGGUUUUAGUGGAGAGCAAAAGAACACACUGGGAGAGAUCAAGCUACCUGUCUAUGCCGAAGGAGUCAAUCUGUGCACAAGAUUCCUGGUAGUAGACUCUAUGUCUGCUUACAACGUGAUUCUAGGUCGACCAUGGAUACAUGAAAUGGAGGCAGUCCCUUCAACAUACCACCAAGUUCUAAGGUUCCCAACUAAAUGCGGAGUAAAAGAAAUCAAAGACCAACAGAAAGACUCAAGAGCAUGUUACCAGACUACCAUGAAGGCCAAACCCGCUCAGUUAUAG